AUUUCUCCCACAAACGGAUAUCAAUCUAAUGUCCUGGUGUUACAUUCAUUUGUGUCCCCAAAAUGGCGAACGUCGCUGCUGCUGCUGCCGCUGCCGCUGCUGCUGCUAUCGCCGCGAAUAGAGACCCAGCUGUUGAUCGUUCAUUACGAUCAGUGUUUGUGGGAAACAUUCCGUAUGAAGCCACAGAGGAACAACUGAAAGACAUCUUUUCUGAAGUGGGACUUGUUGUCAGCUUCAGGUUGGUGUAUGACAGGGAGACAGGAAAGCCAAAGGGAUAUGGCUUCUGUGAAUAUCAAGACCAGGAGACGGCCCUUAGUGCCAUGCGGAACCUGAACGGGAGAGAGUUUAGUGGUCGGGCUCUCCGUGUUGACAACGCAGCCAGUGAGAAAAACAAGGAAGAGCUCAAAAGUUUGGGAACAGGAGCCCCCAUUAUUGAGUCUCCUUAUGGAGAUACCAUCCAGCCACAGGAAGCCCCAGAGUCCAUCAGCAGAGCUGUGGCCAGCCUGCCACCUGAGCAGAUGUUUGAACUAAUGAAACAAAUGAAGCUGUGUGUGCAGAACAGUCCCCAGGAGGCGAGGAACAUGCUGCUGCAGAACCCUCAGCUGGCCUAUGCUCUGUUGCAGGCCCAAGUGGUCAUGCGGAUUGUUGACCCUGAGAUAGCCUUGAAAAUGCUCCACCGUCAAACACCAGUCCAGCCUCUGAUUCCCAGCGGGCAGGCUGGAGGAGCACCACCGCUCAACCCACCUCCGGCUCCACCCAGCGCACCAGUGUCUCAGCCACAGCCUGUGCCUGGAAUGCAUGUCAAUGGAGCCCCUCAAAUGAUGCAGCCCCCCAACAUGGGUGUUGUCCCUGGACCAAUGUCUGUACCAGGCCCGGGACAAGGACCAGCACCAGUCGGACCUCCAGGACCAGGCGGUAUCCCCCCCAGAGGCCUGCUGGGAGAUGGUCCGAAUGACCCCCGGGGUGGAACUCUGCUGAAUGUCACUGGAGAGGUCAUAGACCCCAACCGGGGUUACAUGGGAGCUCCACCGCCCCACCAAGCCCCACCUGUACACAUGGCCCAAAUGGCAAGUGGACCCCCUCCGGAUAUGAGAGGCCCUCCAAUGGACAUGAGAGGCCCACCCAUGGUUGAACCACGAAACAUGAUGGGUGACCCCAGAGGGCCCCAGAUGAUGGAGCCACGCGGACCCCCGAUGGAAACCAGAGGUCGUGACCCGAGGGCGAUGGACGCUCGUGGUCCUGUGACGGCUCAGAGGGUUCCCAUGGCGGCAGGGAUGCAAGGCCCCGUUCCUCAUGGCAUGGCUCCGAAUGCUCCUCCACCUGCAAGACCGGGUCCUGGUAUCUCUGGCGUUCCUCCAUCAGGAGGAGGCUUCAGUCCGGGGCAGAGCCAGGUCUCUACACAGGACCAGGAGAAGGCUGCUCUGAUUAUGCAGGUCCUGCAGCUGACCCCAGAACAGAUCGCCAUGUUGCCCCCGGAGCAGCGGCAGAGCAUUCUCAUCCUCAAAGAGCAGAUUCAGAAGACUGCAGGAGGGGCGCCUUGAUGGUCUGACUGAGGAAAAGCUUCAAAAAGGUUUCAGGGCCCACAAACUGGUCCACCCCGCUGACCCUGUCACCACCUCAAACAGGU